AUGAGGACAAGAAAUGAUUCCAGACAAGAACAAGAAGAAAAUGAUCAUUACCCAUUAGCAUCAUCAGAAAUAAUCACAACAUGCACAGGCUCAACCUCUUCAAUCACUUCCAGCAAUCAACAACAGCUACGCGUACCAUUUCAAGUUCAUAUGACGCCACCAAUUGUCAACGUGUCUCGUUUGCAACCUAUCCUACAAAAUGUUAUAUCAACGGUGGAUCUGAGUUGUCCAUUGGACUUGAAACGGAUUUCUUUGCAAGUUCGUAAUGCCGAAUAUAAUCCAAAACGAUUUGCUGCUGUUAUUAUGCGCAUUCGAAGACCACGCACCACUGCCUUAAUCUUUGCUUCGGGUAAAAUGGUGUGCACAGGUGCCAAAAGCGAAGAAGAUUCAUUAGAAGCAGCUCGACGUUAUGCGCGAGUGAUUCAAAAACUUGCUUUUCCAGUUAAAUUUCGCGAUUUCAAAAUUCAAAAUAUGGUCGGAAGUGUUGACGUCAAAUUUCCUAUUCGAUUUGAGAAGAUUAUAAUUGAGCAUCAUCAAUACUGCAGUUACGAACCUGAAAUAUUUCCCGGUCUAAUUUAUCGAAUAGGUAAACCAAAAGUUGUUUUACUUAUUUUCGUAUCGGGCAAAAUAGUUCUAACUGGUAAUUCAACUGAAAACCCUCCUAUCUAA